AUGUAUGCAAGUGAAAGACAGUUAUCACGCCUAAGAUUAGCAUAUCUAAAAGCAGUUCUAAGCCAAGAGAUAGGAGCUUUUGAUACAGAAUUAACAAGUGGAAAAGUCAUCACUGGAAUAAGCAAGCACAUGAGUGUUAUACAAGAUGCAAUUGGUGAAAAGUUGGGUCACUUUACCUCUAGCUGCGCAACUUUCUUUGCCGGGAUUGUGAUUGCCGCAAUAUCCUGUUGGGAAGUAGCACUUAUGUGUUUAGUGGUUGUCCCUCUUAUUCUCAUAAUUGGAGCAAGUUACACUAAGAAAAUGAACAGAAUCUCGACUACGAAAUUAUUUUACCAUUCUGAAGCCACGUCUAUGAUAGAACAGACCAUAUCACAAAUAAAAACAGUAUAUGCUUUUGUUGGGAGGGUUUGGCAGUCAAAUCCUUCACAGAGAACAUGGAUAAACAGUAUGUCAUAA